GCCAGUCAAGGUCGCUCAGUAGACAGCGCGGUUGGGUUUGAAGUUCAUGCACCAAUGUUCAUUAUUCAUUAAGGUCCUUAAUCAGAUUGGUAUUUUGGAUGACUGACUUACCCUUUUAAUAUCGGAAUUUAAUCUGUUUUGAUGAGUUCUUUCAUGCGUGUGAUAAUAUAUGUAUUCCGGUUACCGCCUCAUAUUAACUUGUAGUCGAUAAGGGACAUUCAGUCUUAGCCUUUUAUUUGGUAUUACAUUGUGCUGAGUUUGAUUAUUUUUUUUGCUACGUUCUGCUUUUUUCCAAUUUAUGUACGAAUUUUCUUCUUGUGUUCACGUAGAAUAAUAAAGCUACAAUAUUAGUUUGUACAGUAAACGUGAAUCCUACUUAGUCCAUAAGAGUUUUGAAUGUCUUCCGAUGUCCUCAGUAACAGAUGACGAAAUCAUAAAGAGAAGGCUUUUGAUUGAAGGAGAAAGUGGAAAUGACGACCGCAGAAUUACCCUGUUGCUUAAGAAUUAUCUCCGGUGGGUAGCCUCCGAUGAUGUUGGUGAGGAUGGUUACGAAGCCUAUCAAGCGCUCAUAGCCAGUGUUUAUCAAUGUGAGAAUGCUAUGGAGCAAUCAUCUUUAGUAAUAGCUAUGAACUACGAACAACAAAAACAGUAUGAGGAUUUGUAUAAAGAGAUUGAGACGGCCAUUGAGAACGCAAAAAAUCGCAUUCAACAAUGUAAAGAAGAUCUGAGGUCCGCAAAAACUGUCAGAAAAAAUAGACGAGAGUAUGACAGUCUUGCCAAAGUUCUCUGCGAUCAUCCUGAAAGAGAUAAAACACUUGAAAAGUACAAAAAAUUAAAAGCCACUUUAGAACGGUUGGAGAAUUUAAAUCAAGAGUACGACCGAAAAAUUCAGCUUAGAAAAACUCAAUUCCAUUUGUUUUUGGUCGCCCUGAAGGGUUUACAAAAAAUUGUUGAGGAUGAUGACCUGUUAUCUUCAAACACAGAUGAUUUUACGCUUACACAGUCGUCGAAAUCUGUACAUGAAGAAGUUUCUGUAAAAAUGGAUACAACCUAAAAAUAUAUCUGUAUAUACAGUA